AUGUUUCCAUCCAGUCUCGCCCCCGAUUUUACUGAAGCCAGGGCGCAGUUGAAAGAUAAAGAGAGGGAAGGAGACCGUGUGCGUGUGUGGGGAAAACAUUAUUGCUGA